GACAGCAUGCCAAGUGCACCCCCUCCAACAGAAAGUGGUCCACCUGGACCGGCUUCACCUCCUGAUGGCCCACCUGGACCGUCUUCACCUCCUAAUGGCCCACCUGUUCCCGAUUCAACAGAUAGUGCGGAUAGUUCGUCUGUUACUGCUGACAGUGCCCCGAGUCCUACAACAGAAAAUGGACCACCUGGACCACCGGGACCGGCCCGUUUGUCAGACAGCCCACAAGGUCCAACUCCUACAGCAGAAAAUGGCCCGCCUGGACCGCCGGGAUCGACUCCUCAAUCAGACAACGGCCCACCGGCCCGUCCAUCUCCUACAGAAGACAGUGGCCCACCUGGACCACAGGGUCAGGGUCCUGAAUCAGACAAUGGUCCACCUGGAGCACCGAGUCCUACAUCAGAUGACGGUCCAGCUAGACCGCCCCGUUUUACAGAUGAUUCAUCUGGCCCAACUCCUACACGUCCACCACGGCAUAAUGGACCAUCCGGUCCGGCCACUACAGAAGAAAGUGGCCCACCCGGUCCACCUGGUCCCCCGGGUUCAAGUCCCCCGGAAGAAAGUGGCCCACCUGGACCUCCGUCACGUCGCG